UUACGUAAACCGACCACCCCGCCUUGGUGAGAGUACCGAAAGUACCUAUCUAACAAGACGCGUAUCCCGUCGCGUCACCGGAAUACAUCACUAUUUUCCUCCCCCGUUCCAUUGCCUUACUGCCCUUCUUCGCUAGAACAGGACGUUUUGUUUCGUUCCGGUCCCGUGAACAGCCAACUUCACGACAGACGUGUCUAUCCCACUGGUCCUUAAGCGUAUUGUGAGAAACCCAACAUGGCGUCCUCGCCACCACGACACGAGGAAUACCAGUAUCUUGAUCUUGUGCGCGAGAUCUUGCAUAAUGGGGAACGUCGGCCAGACCGAACCGGAACUGGGACCUACUCUAUUUUUGCCCCCAUACCGCUCAAAUUCAGCCUCAACGAUAACGGGCGGCCGAUCCUGCCCCUGCUGACGACAAAGCGCGUAUUCCUGCGGGCCGUAGUAGCCGAGCUGCUGUGGUUCAUCGAGGGAAGUACGUCGUCUCUGCCGCUAAGUCAGGAGGGCAUCAAGAUCUGGGACGGCAACGGGUCGCGCGAGUUCCUCGACAACCUAGGAUUGACGGAGCGCGAGGUCGGCGACCUCGGCCCCGUCUACGGCUUCCAGUGGCGCCACUUCGGCGCCGAGUACGUCGACGCGAAGACCGACUACGCCGGCCAGGGCGUCGACCAGCUUGCCGAGAUCGUGCGCAAGCUGCGCACGAACCCCCACGACCGCCGCCUGAUCCUGUCCGCCUGGAACCCGCGCGACAUGCCCAAGAUGGUCCUGCCGCCCUGUCAUAUGUUCGCCCAGUUCUACGUCUCGUUCCCGAGGCAGCAGCAGGGCGUGGCGGAGGAGGCUGUAGCCACGGCCACGACCAACGGCGGGGACAAGCCCGCCAAGGGCCACCUCCAUUGCCAGCUGUACCAGCGGUCGUGCGACAUGGGGCUCGGGGUGCCGUUCAACAUCGCGAGCUACGCGCUGCUGACGCACAUGCUCGCGCACGUGUGCGACCUGGUGCCGGGCAGCCUGACGCACGUCAUGGGCGACGCGCACGUCUACGUCGACCACGUCGACGCGCUGCGGACCCAGCUCGAGCGUGAGCCGCGGCCCUUCCCCGAACUGCGCCUCGCGCGCGAGAAGGGCGGUUCCAUCGACGGGUGGGAGGCCGAAGACGUCGUUGUCCUCAACUACGACCCCCACAAGACCAUCGCCAUGAAGAUGUCCGUCUGAGGAAGGAGGGAAUGUCCCCGGAAAAGAGAGGGAGGACGAGAUGGGGGCGUACUCACGUCCGGGGCAUCGGGCCCCUGCUUACCUUGCGGUAGCCCGCGACGCUUUUGCCAA